AAUAACAAUAAUAAGAUAGCACAAGGCUUAUACACAUGGUAUAGUUAUUCGGGUAUAUGUAUAUGUAUACACAAACAAUUGUUAGCAUACACUGUAAAAAAUGUUGUUAAAUUUCAACUAACGUCACCAUGUAAAUUUACCCAUGAUAUGUAAGGUAAUUCAUUUUGCAUAUAAAAAAUUAUAUAUAUAUAUAAGAGAAACACCAUGUUAAGUUCGUUAGUUCUAGGACCAGUACAGCUACCCACAGGCCGACGAACUCCGGAUGACGAUACUGUUAAGAAUUCUUAACAAUUCGUAUCGAUAAAUUUAAUUGAUUUAAAUUAAAUUGAUAGUAAGACAAGAUUUUAGUCUUUAGUCUUCCGAGUGCCAAACUUAUAGUAUACAAUUGGCAAUGCAAAAUACAAAGCCAAUUCCGGGAACCAGUAAAUGUGCAACAUUAAAAUACGAAUGUAUAAAUCGUCGGUAUGCGGAAAUAUUGAAAGUAUUAAAAUCCUUACGCAAAGAUGAGGCGUAUGAUAUUAAACUAAAAACAGAUGAUGGUAGAGUUAUUUGCGGCCAUAAAGUGGUUUUAUCAUCGGCUAGCCCAUAUUUCCACGCGAUGUUCAAAAAUUUUUCUGAAAAGAAUGAAGAUUUUGUUGUCAUCAGAAACAUAGAUUCUACUGCGUUACAGCUCUUAAUCGACUUUAUUUAUUUUGGGAAAAUAAUCGUCACUGAAAAAAAUGUACAGAUUUUGUUACCAGCAGCAAAUUUCUUUCAGUUAAUAGAAGUCAAAGAAAAAUGUUGUGAUUUAUUAGAGGAACAACUGUGCAUUACAAAUUGUAUUGGUACAUAUGUGUUAGCUGAUUUACAUAGCUGUAAGAAAUUGUCAAAAAUUUCAGAAUCAUAUAUUCAACAAAACUUUUCAGACGUGGUACAUUCUGACAAAUGCCUAACAUUAUCACCUGAACAAGUAGCCAAUUUGAUCUCCAGUGAUGAACUUAUAGUUUUAUCUGAAAAUAUAGUAUUUGAAUUUGUUAUUCGAUGGGUAAAACAUGAUUUGGUUUCCAGAAAAUGUAUUUUACCCCAUUUAAUGGAAUAUGUACGUUUACCAUUAACAUCAUUAAAUUACAUAAUGAAAAAUGCAGUUGAAGAGCCUCUUCUUAAAAAUUGUCCUAAUUGUAAGUAUUACGUAAAUGAGGCAUUACAUUUUCAUUCACUUAAGCCGGAUGAUUCUAUUCCACAAAACGCCCGGACUAAACCUAGAUUGGGAGAUAAAGUUAUUUUUGUGGUUGGUGCACUUGGGUAUGUACAAGGAUAUAGUGUUAGUACAGAAUGGUACGACCCAAAAAUCAACCUAUGGCAAUUAUUGACAACAAUUAUGACACCACAUUUUCUUGGUGGUCUGGCUGUAGUAAAAGAUAAUUUUGUGGUUGCUGUAGGUCGUAUUGGUUAUGGUCUUGAAUCACCUAAUCAGUAUGUUAAUGUGCUAGAUGUAUCUUCAGAAUCACCUCAUUGGAAACCAACCACUAAUAUGUUAGUCAAACGCCGAAAUUUAGGAGUUGGUGUGAUAAAUGAUUAUAUAUAUGCCGUUGGCGGUUCUGAUGAAAACAGUUGUGUAAAUAGUGUAGAAGCUUUUGACUGCAGAACUCAAACAUGGCGUAUGAUAUCUAGUAUGUCUAUUAGAAGAGAAAGCGUUGGGCUUGGAGUACUGAAUAAUCUUUUAUACGUGGUUGGAGGAUGUAAUGGUCGAGAUGACUCAAUUCAGUUUUUGAAGUCUGUUGAAUGUUACUAUCCCAGUAUCGAUACAUGGAAAUCAGUCGCAGAAAUGUGUGUACCACGCAUGGCUGCUGGUGUAGGAGUCUUAGAUGGUAUACUGUAUGCUGUAGGCGGUUAUGAUGGAAAAAAUACUCACAGGAGUGCCGAAGCAUAUGAACCAAGUUCAGGAGUUUGGACUACUAUUCCGGACAUGCAUUUUUGUCGAUAUUAUCCAGUUACAGGAGUAGCUGUAUUAAAUGGAUUAUUGUAUGUCGUCGGUGGUUGCGACAAGAACGUUCCUUCUUUGGAUUCUGCUGAAUUUUACAACCCCAACACGAAUACCUGGACUAUGGUCACAACAAGAUUGAAUAAAUCACGAACUUUUUUCGGAGUAGUUGCCAUUGAUAGGUCACGAUAUUUUAAAACUAAGCGGUCAUGAUUAUUUUUAAAUGAAUUUAUAUUGAUAUAUAAAAUCUAUUGUAAGAAAUAUUUUAUUUUU